AUGGGUCAAAAUUCUGUUCUCUCUCAAUUUAAUUCGGUGCAGUCUGCCAACGCUGCUUGGUCCUCCUCUUACAAUCAGGAAACUGAAUUAUACGGCCUUGGCACCACUGAUACUGACGAUCUGGGUGUUAUGCUCGGGUCUGACUGGUGGACUAGUAUCACUUCUACUUCAACUGAUCAUGGCGAUGCUACUGCCAAUAGUAUCACCAUUCAUUCCACUACUGAAUCCGGCUCUUCCACCAUUACUUAUUCUGGCAGCGCCAUAAAGCCACAGAGCAGUAGUUCUACAGGCUCUUCAUCUAGUGGAUCCACCAUUACUUAUUCUGGCAGCGCCAUAAAGCCACAGAGCAGUAGUUCUACAAGCUCUUCAUCUAGUGGAUCCACCACUGCUUCAGGGAUGGCUGCUGCCAAUAGUGUACAAAUUGUAGGUGUCAGUGCUUUGAUGGCUGCUGUUGGCCUCGCUUUGUUAUGA